GUUGAACCCGUUACUUUCCACAGCAUUGUGUUAGAUGUAAUAGCCUCUGUUCUAAUGAACGCUAAAAAUGAUUAUUUUGUUUUGUUAUCAGUUGUUCAAGCACCGCCGUACGCGGUAAUUCGUUUUGAUAUUCCGUUGUAGCGCUUCCUUUCGAAUAAAAAUGAAAUUUACUGUGAUCACAGUAAGUGACACCUGCUCAAAUGGAACUGCAACUGAUACUAGUGGACCACAUUUGAUUGAUCUAAUCAAGAAUAAGCUAGGUGGAUCAGAUGUGAACUAUUUGGUUAUUCCUGAUGAAAUCGAGAUCAUAAAGCAAUCUCUUAUUUAUUCCGCUGAUGUUCUGAAGGUGAGUGCGAUUUUUACCACCGGUGGCACUGGCUUCGCACCCCGAGAUGUGACUCCUGAAGCGACCAGAGCGGUAUUGACUAAGGAAGCACCGCAAUUGUCACUGGCAAUGACUUUGAAAAGUCUCGAAAAAACUAAAUUCGCAGUGCUUUCGCGAGCAGUGUGUGGAGUUCGCAAUCGCACUUUGAUUACGAAUUUGCCCGGAAGUAAAAAAGCUGUGGAUGAGUGUUUUUCUUCAAUAGCCGAUGUAAUUCCUCAUAUACUACAACUUUUGGUAGAUGAUGUAGCGAAUGUUAAAAUAACACACUCAAAUAUACAGUCCGGAGAGUCAAAUGUUCAUAUUUGCCCACAUCAAACAGGAAAAGGAGGAGAUGACCGAAAUUCUCCAUUUCCAAUGAUUAAUGUGAAUGACGCUUUACAGACAGUUAUGUCGGCAGUUCCUUCUCAAUCGACCACCAAACGACAAAUCAGUAGAGUGAACAUUCCCCCAUUUCGAGCAUCAGCUAAGGACGGUUACGCGUUAAAAUCAAUCGGUGGCAAAGGAGUUAAACGGGUUGUAGAAUAUGUGGCUGCGGGAGACGGCAUAAUUCGUGACAACAUUAACAUUGAUGAAUGUUACAAGAUCAAUACCGGGGCACCCGUCCCAGAUCAAGCCGAUGCGGUGGUUCAGAUCGAAGACACAAAACUGGUGUCAUCAGACAACGAGGUCGAACAAAUUAUCGAAGUUUUAUCGGAUCCAACUCCCAAUCUCGACAUUCGUUCCGUUGGGAGUGAUCUGCGGAUGGCAGAGGAAGUUUUCGAAUAUUACUUUCCGUUGGAUGCAGCCCAACAAUCUUUAUUAGCAUCAAUCGGAGAACGGUCGUCGGUAGAAAAGCUAAAAGUGGCUAUUAUAUCAACCGGUGAUGAACUUAUUCAUCCAUACGAAGAGUUAGAUCAAGGAAUCUCUUUGGAAGGUAAAAUUUACGAUUCCAACACGACGAUGUUGGUGCAAAUUUUGAAACAGUUUGGAUUUAAUGACGACCAAUGUACGAUAGAACAGUUCGUUGUGAAGGAUGAUUACGAUUCACUUCGGCAAAUAAUAGAAAACAUAACCGGUUCUGUGCAUGCCAUUUUAUGCACUGGUGGAGUAUCAAUGGGUGAUAAGGAUUUCGUCAAACCAGUGUUGAAAGAUUUAGGAUAUGAUCUGAAGCUGGGACGAGUGAACAUGAAACCAGGAAAACCUUUUACUUUUGCAAGCAAACAAAAGACGAAAUUUUUCGGUCUACCGGGAAAUCCAGUAUCUGCCUUUGUUACGUUUCACAUCUUCGCACUUCCAGCUCUUAAGAAAUAUUUGAGCUACAUCAACGACGCUCCAUGCAAUCCAGCUAAGCUUCAACUUCCUCGAAUAACCGUAGAGCUAAUCACUGAAAACUACGAGCUAGAUCCUCGACCAGAGUACGCUCGAGCUAGUGUUUUUUCCCGUGAUGGAAAAUUGUAUGCAAAAAUCACCGGUGCCCAAAUCAGUAGCCGAUUAAAAAGCAUUGUUGAUGCCGAUGUUUUACUUCAUCUUCCACCACGUUCAGUUACGAAGGCAACAGUGACCAAAGGAGAACUACUAACAGCUUCAGUUCUGAAAUUUGAUUUCAUCUCCUCCUAUGAUUGAUGUAAGAAUCUUCAUGACAUACGAGGUAGCUUAAUAAAAUUCAAGCUUGUUUGUAGAAUGAAAA